CGGCCCUAAGAAAUUGACAGAAGAGAGAGCAGGAAGAGAAAUGAAGGCGGGAAGGGUUUAGGCAUUCUUCUCCGACGAACCUCCUUUCUCUCUCCUCUCUCCUCCGUUACCAUCCUCUCUCAUGGAGGUCGAGGAUCAUCUUCUACUUGUUGCCGAUACCACUUCCUUUCCCACACCCACCUCUCCUUUUCCCGAUCCCGAUCCAUCACCACCUCACGGUUCUCCUGAGGUAACAGAGAUCGUCUUGGAAGAUGAGGAGGAGGAGGAAGAAGAAGACGAAGUUGGGUUGUCUCCAAAUGAUCACCAACCUUCUCAAAUCUCUGUUCUAACAGAUGAAAUCCGCAAUAAAAUCAUUAAGCAGGUGGAGUACUAUUUCAGUGACGAGAAUCUCCCGAAUGACAAAUUUCUUUUGAAAUAUGUGACUAAAGAUAAGGAUGGAUAUGUUCCAGUUGGAGUUAUUGCUUCGUUUAGGAAAAUGAAAAAACUUACGACAGAACGGUCAUGGAUUGUAACUGCACUCAAGGAAUCCUCAUUUUUGGUUUUAAGCUCAAAUGGGAAAAGGGUUAGGAGGCUUCAGCCACUGCCAGUUGCAGGUGCUGCUAAGGAUGCACAGUCAUACCUCGUUGUAGCUGAAAAUUUACCAGAAGAUCAUUCAGUGGAGAAUAUUCAAAGAAUUUUUGGUGAAGCUGGAAAGAUAAAGAAUGUUUCUAUUAAUGAUCCACAUGAUGCAAAAGGAUCAAAGAAGCUCACAAUUGCUGAAAAGCUGCUAAGUAACAAGCUACAUGCCGUUGUGGAGUAUGAAACCAUAGAGGAUGCUGAGAAAGCCGUGACUAUGUUAAACAAUGAACAAGAUUGGAGGUUUGGCAUGAGGGUCAAACUUGUUAAGCGAGUGGAGAAACAGACGCAAAAAAAGAAGGCAUGGAAAGAGGCGGAAACAGAGAGUCACAACAAUACUAACCGAGCAUCUGGUCUACUGCCAAUACCAGCAGUAGUCCAUGAAGAUAACCAUAGUGAUCACCUUGAUGGCACACAUCAUGAGGAGGAGAUUAAUAAUGAUCAGGAGCACUCUUCAAAGGAGAAGAAUGAGCAUAAAGGGCCAAACCGAAGGCGAGGAAGGGGCCAGAAAUACCGUGGGGCGAAUGGGCAUGGUCAUGGAACAGUUUCAUCAUCAUCAAUCCAUGUGAAUGAACCAUCAAAGCCACCACCUGGCCCGAAAAUGCCAGAUGGGACAAAAGGGUUUACUAUGGGAAGAGGUCGUCCACUCCCUCUAAAUUAGUUGAAGUUUGAUGUUUGUUUCUCCACGAUGAAAAGAAUAUCGACGUUCUUUUGUCGUUGCUACUCCUUUUCAUCUAAAAACAACGAUAUUUUGAAAUGCUUCCAAAGUCAUGUGAGCUAUGCAUAUCACUUUCCAAUUGAAUUGUGAGAGGGUAUAUGUAUGUAAAGUUUGAUGUUGUGUGGAGUAACUUUAUUUAUUAGUUAGGGUUUUAAACAUGCGUUAUGUUGUAUACUUUUGGAUCGAGUCCUCUGGGCACUAUUUAUGUGGAUAUUUUUUAAACUUUA